ACACGCAACAAACAUCAAAACCAACCCUUUCGAACUGUAUUUUAGAACAUCAAAACAGAGAGUUCAAUUUCACCGUCCAGUGUAGUGUUUCCACUCCAAUAUUCAAUUUUGGUGAAACAAAAACGCACAAUGAUCUUGACAUAGGACCACGGAUUGUGUUGCUUUUUUUUUCUUUUUUAUAUAUUUUUAUCUGGUACAGGGGACCAUAGUAAAGUAGAAAACAAACACACACGUUUGUGGAUCAAGUUUUUCCUACGUACAACUUGGGAGGAGUCAUCAUCAUCGUCAUCGUUCAUGAUGUGAUAAUGGUUCCACAAUAGAAUGCACCCUCGCUUGUGCCUCUGCUACCCUUAUAUAAAGCCACGCACCAGCACUUCCAUCAAUUAACCGUUCAUUCAUCCGAAUUCUCAACUCAAGCCUUGGGGUGAUGAUAGAGAAGACACAGUGUGAGAAAAAAGGAAACAUGGAGGGUGAAGAAACUGAGAUGAAACAACAAUCCAGGUUCAAGAGGAUUUGUGUGUUCUGCGGAAGUAGCCCUGGGAACAAGAGUAGCUAUAAGGAUGCUGCUAUUGAGCUUGGCAAAGAGUUGGUGUCAAGAAAUAUUGAUCUGGUUUAUGGAGGAGGCAGCAUUGGUUUGAUGGGGCUGGUUUCCCAGGCUGUUUAUGAAGGGGGUCGGCAUGUAAUUGGGGUUAUUCCCAAGACACUGAUGCCAAGAGAGAUCACUGGAGAAACUGUGGGAGAAGUGAUGGCAGUAGCAGACAUGCAUCAAAGAAAAGCAGAGAUGGCUCGCCACUCUGAUGCCUUUAUUGCCUUACCCGGUGGCUAUGGAACACUUGAGGAGCUUCUUGAGGUCAUAACAUGGGCUCAGCUUGGCAUCCAUGAUAAACCAGUGGGGUUGCUGAACGUAGAUGGAUACUACAAUUCAUUGUUGUCUUUCAUUGACAAAGCUGUGGAGGAAGGGUUCAUUAGCCCCAAAGCUCGCCACAUAAUUGUAUCUUCCCCAUCAUCAAAAGAGCUUGUCAAAAAGAUGGAGGAAUAUUUUCCACAGCAUGAAAGAGUUGCCUCUAAGCUGAGCUGGGAAACUGAGCAGAUAGAUUACUCCUCAAGUUGUGACAUGUCUAGGUGAUUAGAGGAUUAUGGAAGAAUGUGUAGAAACAGUUUAGUUUUAAUGGUUUAAGAGAGUAUUAUUAUUAUUAUUACUAUUAUUAUGGCCAGAAUUGUUUCAUGCUAUUGCAACUAUCUGUUAGUGUAAACUACAGAACUGACUUCAAUGUACCUGUGAAAGCCUAACUACUCUGUUCAAUGUGAAUUCUGGUUUUUCAAAUCA